AUCAGAAAAGGGAUCAGAAAACACCACACGAACCCAAACAACGCGAGUUCAGAAAUCAGAAUCAUCAUCAUCAUCUAAGAGAGAAAAACGAGGGUGCGCGCUUCGGAAAUGUGGCGGUGCGUGGCUCGUGCUGUUCGCGGAUCAUCUUCCUCAGAGAGAUCCAAUCUUUCUCAUCAACCACUUCGAUCUCAUUUUUCAAGAUUCUUCACCAGUGGUUCUUACAAUGUGGUGGAUCAUAAAUACGACGCGAUUGUUGUUGGUGCUGGUGGCGCAGGGUUGAGAGCCGCUAUUGGACUCUCUGAACAUGGCUUCAACACUGCGUGCAUCACCAAGCUCUUCCCGACUCGUUCACACACUGUUGCAGCUCAGGGUGGUAUAAAUGCUGCAUUGGGAAAUAUGACUGAAGAUGACUGGAGGUGGCACAUGUAUGACACUAUCAAGGGAAGUGAUUGGCUAGGAGACCAAGAUGCCAUCCAAUAUAUGUGUAGGGAGGCACCAAAAGCAGUGAUUGAGCUUGAAAAUUAUGGACUGCCAUUUUCACGAACCGAGGAUGGAAAGAUAUACCAGCGUGCAUUUGGUGGUCAGAGCUUGAACUUUGGAAAAGGUGGUCAAGCAUAUCGUUGCGCAUGUGCUGCUGAUCGUACUGGGCAUGCUUUAUUGCACACUCUCUAUGGCCAGGCUAUGAAGCAUAAUACCCAGUUUUUUGUAGAAUAUUUUGCAUUAGAUCUUUUGAUGAACAGUGAAGGUAGUUGCCAAGGAGUAAUUGCCUUGAAUAUGGAAGAUGGAACAUUACAUCGAUUCCAAGCAUCUUCAACCAUUUUGGCCACUGGGGGUUAUGGUAGAGCAUACUUUUCUGCAACCUCAGCACAUACAUGCACUGGUGAUGGCAAUGCCAUGGUUGCUCGUGCUGGGAUCCCACUUGAGGAUCAAGAGUUUGUGCAAUUUCACCCAACAGGCAUAUAUGGAGCUGGUUGCCUUGUCUCAGAAGGGUGUCGCGGUGAAGGUGGAAUUCUUAGGAAUAGUGAGGGUGAGAGGUUUAUGGAAAGAUAUGCUCCUACUGCGAAGGAUCUUGCAUCACGAGAUGUAGUUUCUAGAUCAAUGACUAUGGAGAUUCGGGAAGGUCGUGGUGUAGGAAAACAUAAAGAUCACAUCUAUCUUCACUUGAAUCACUUACCUCCAGAUGUUCUGAAGGAGAGACUACCUGGUAUAUCCGAAACUGCAGCUAUUUUUGCUGGUGUGGAUGUUACAAAGGAACCCAUUCCUGUCUUGCCAACAGUGCAUUAUAACAUGGGUGGUAUUCCCACAAACUAUCAUGGAGAGGUGGUUACCAUUAAAGGUGAUGAUCCAGAUGCAGUAGUUCCUGGAUUAAUGGCUGCUGGGGAAGCAGCCUGUGCGUCAGUGCAUGGUUCCAAUAGGCUUGGUGCAAAUUCACUUCUGGACAUUGUAGUUUUUGGUAGAGCUUGUGCAAAUAGAGUUGCAGAAGUUCAUAAGCCAGGGGAGAAACAACAGCCUUUGGAGAAAGAUGCUGGUAUGAAAACGAUUGCUUGGCUUGACAAAUUUAGAAAUUCGAAUGGGUCUUUGCUACCUUCAGAAGUUCGGUUGAAUAUGCAACGUGUAAUGCAAAACAAUGCUUCUGUUUUCCGCACAGAAGAAACAUUAAAAGAAGGUUGCAAAUUAAUUGAUAAAACAUGGGAGAGCUUUCAUGAUAUCAAAUUGAAGGAUCGGGGUUUGAUAUGGAACACUGACUUGAUUGAGACUAUUGAGUUGGAAAAUCUUUUGAUAAAUGCCUGCAUCACCAUGCACUCUGCUGAAGCCAGGAAAGAGAGUAGAGGUGCUCAUUUCCAUGAGGACUUCCCGAAAAGAGAUGAUGAGAACUGGAUGAAACACACUGUGGGAUACUGGGAAAAUGAGAAGGUGCGGUUAGACUACAGGCCGGUGCACAUGAAUACUUUGGAUGAUGAGGCUGAACCAGUCCCUCCUUUUGCUCGUGUUUAUUAAUAUACUUGCUACAUUAUGACGGAUGGCUUAAACGGAUUGUUUCACAAAGUAUCAAAUGAAUAAUGCAUGUAAAAAAGGAUUCACUAAAGUGUUAUCGAUGCAUGACUUUGAUAAAUUCAUCAAAAGCUCGAACUGAAAUAUUCCAUUGUAUCCUGAAGCUAAAAUGUCUUUCAAGUUGAGAAUAAGAGCAAUAAAUCCCAUUUACUUGUGAGAUUA